AUGCGCACCUCGCUGCCGACUCUUGAGUCUUAUCCUCGGCCCCCUGCGGCUGCGCACCGGGCGUGGCCGCCGCCCACCGAACCAGUCCUCUGGCGGCCCGCCAGGUGCUUCACAUUUCCCCCUUUUUUCCAACGGGAAACUGGGGAAGAAUGUAAAAUUAUUACAGGUAGAGAAGGAAAUAAACUGAGAGCUGUGAAGUUUUUGUUUAAGAUUCUUGUUUUAACAGAACUAAGCAAGUGUGAAGAGGAGUACCAGAAUAGUGGUUUUCAGAUCCAUUUGGCCUUACAGUGGACAUUUAAAAAUGUCUGGGACUAUGAUUUAAUCUCCAAAGAACCAAAGCCUUUUGUAUUUAAGGGAAAAGUAUGUGGUUCCAUUGUUCCUACAGCUGGUGAAGAAGCAUCUGGGAAUCCAAAGAAAAAAGGGACUGUAAUGAAGGAGAAAGUAUCUUCUAAAGGAGAGGAAGGUGAUAAGAAAUCUACCCUCAUGGAUGUCACAAAGGAAAAUGUUAAAGAUAAUGACAGAACAUUAUUACAGCAGCUCCGAGAUCCAAACAGAACUACUUCUUCCCACAGCUUAAACAAUGAUAUUGUGAAGGCCUUGGACCGAAUCACAUUGCAGAAUAUUCCUUCUCAAACAGCCCUGUGCUCGACUGCCAUAGUGAAGAAGGAUUAUAGUCUUCCUCUUAGUGUCCUGACAUGCACAAAAGCAUGCCCACAUGUAGUUAAUUGUGGAAAUGCUCUUUUUGAGGGACGAACAGUACACCUAGGGAAGCUCUGCUGUACUGGGGUUGAAACUGAAAAUGAUGAAGAUACUGAGUCUAGCUUAUCAGUUGAACAGCCAUCAGUUGAAGUUCCUGAUGUACCAACACUCCAUGACCCUGACCUGUAUAUUGAGAUUGUGAAAGAUACAAAAUCUGUCCCAAAAUAUACAGAGGUGGCUUAUCCUGAUUAUUUUGGUCACACUCCACCCUCAUUUGAAGAGCCUAUUUUAGAGAGACCUUAUGGUAUACAACGAAAUGAAUAUGAUCUUAUUCUGAACUCGGAUAUAAACAACAAUUAUUAUCAUCAGUGGUUUUACUUUGAAGUCAGUGGAAUACGUCCAGGUGUUGCAUAUAGAUUUAACAUCAUUAACUGUGAAAAGUCCAACAGUUGA